GACAAAAAAAUAUAGAAACCUUCGAAACAGAGUUCCCAGUUCCCACGUAUCCUCUGUUUGAAUCCAGAUUCUGGCACCAACCUAAACCAACCAGAUCCGAGGAAUUGAUGAUUUCUUCAUCGUCCUGAAUCCACCAUCGCUGCCAACUACUAACCUCCAUUCCAGCUUCCAUCACACAACUGUAGAAUUCUUCUGUCUUCUCUCAACAAAUACAAAAUCAUCCAUCUGGGUUGACCAUCUUCUUUUUGGGGUUAAUUAUUCCCGGUGACUUCCGCACUGGCUGGGAUUGUUUCAUUUCAGUUGUGCAAAAGGGGUUUCCCCAGAUAAGCCGGAUUCCCAUUUUCCUGGAAAUACUGGGUGCUGCUUUUCGAUCUAAUUCUCUGUUGCACAGGUAUCUUCAAACCAUGAGGACUAGAAAGGUUUUUGGAAUCUCUCUUUCUAUCCUACUUAUCAAUUUGGCUGCUAUUAUGGAGCGUGCUGAUGAGAAUCUUUUACCUGCUGUUUACAAAGAAGUCAGUGAAGCUUUCAAUGCUGGGCCAUCUGAUCUGGGGUAUCUCACAUUCAUAAGAAAUUUUGUGCAAGGCCUGUCAUCACCUUUGGCUGGUGUACUGGUAAUCAAACAUGACCGCCCUACUGUUCUUGCAAUUGGGACUUUGUGCUGGGCCUUAUCAACUGCUGCAGUGGGUGUGAGCCAGCAUUUUAUGCAGGUUGCAUUGUGGAGAGCAGUGAAUGGCUUUGGAUUGGCAAUUGUGAUUCCUGCACUACAGUCUUUUAUUGCUGAUAGUUAUAGUGAUGGUGUGAGGGGGGCUGGAUUUGGGUUUCUAAGCUUUGUUGGUUCUUUAGGUGGUAUAGGAGGUGGUGUUGUAGCAACAGUAAUGGCUGGUCACCAGUUUGGAGGCAUACCUGGUUGGCGCUGUGCUUUCAUUCUGAUGGCAACACUGAGUUCGUUGAUUGGGUUCCUAGUGUUCUUAUUUGUUGUUGAUCCCAGGAAAACAAUUGGCAUCAAUCAUGAAUCUGGCCAAAAUCUUGAUAGGGAUGAGUUAGUUGAAAAGGGAAGUGCAGUGAAUGCUAGUGCAUCAUCAGUUUGGCUUGAGUCUUGGACAGCCACCAAAGCUGUUAUAAAAGUGCCAACAUUUCAGAUCAUUGUACUGCAGGGUAUUGUCGGUUCGUUUCCAUGGACUGCAAUGGUGUUCUUUACCUUUUGGCUUGAACUUAUUGGUUUUGAUCAUGAAUCCACGGCUGCUCUCCUUGGUCUUUUUGCCAUUGGAUGUGCAAUGGGGUCAUUUCUUGGCGGGUUAAUCGCAGAUAGGUUAUCGCAUUUUUACCCCCAUUCUGGCCGUAUAAUGUGCGCACAGUUCAGUGCCUUCAUGGGCAUCCCAUUCUCAUGGUUCCUCCUUAAAGUGAUCCCACAAUCAGUAAGCAGCUACUCCACCUUUGCAGUCACUUUCUUCUUGAUGGGCUUAACCAUCAGUUGGAAUGCUACUGCUGCAAACGGCCCCAUGUUUGCUGAGGUGGUACCUGCUAAACACCGAACAAUGAUCUAUGCAUUUGAUCGUGCUUUUGAAGGAUCGUUCUCUUCUUUUGCUGCUCCAUUGGUAGGGAUUCUUUCAGAGAGAUUAUUUGGUUAUGAUACAACAUCUAUAGCUUCAAAUAAAAGUUCUCCUCGCGAGGCUUUGGCAUUGUCUAGAGGCCUUCUUUCAAUGAUGGCAGUUCCCUUUGGUUUGUGUAGUUUGUUCUACACACCAUUAUACAAGAUUUUUAGGCGAGACCGCGAGAAUGCUCGGAUGGUGAGGACGAAAGAGGAAGAGAUGAUCUGAGCCGCCUUUUUUCUAUGUAAAUACUACUUCUAGUCUACCUUCGAAUUUAGUACAUUUUUUAACAUUAGAAUAAAAAUGUAGGGCAGACUAUACUUCACUUUUCUGCAUUAAAAUUUAAAAUUUUUG